AUGUCAUCGAUCCGCCCAAUGGAGCUAGAGAAGACUCCGUACAGCCAGGAGGAGCCGCUGACUUGCGGUGACAAGGUCAAGAAAUGGUGCAGAAAGUAUUUGUUGGAAGGUGAGAAUUUGAGCUUUUUGAACAUUACAAAUUAUCUUUGUUUAGGUCAGCAUCUGGAUGAAGACCAAGCCGAUAAAGUGGCCAACCUGCCUGAGAAUCCGAGUCUCGGAGACCUCGUAUUCAUCAAGUAUAGGAAGUUCGUAGCAAUGCUCAUUCCGUUCUGCUUGAUUCAUGUGAGUUUGAAGCAUCUAAGUCAACACAAAAAUCGACCACUUUCAGACAAUCUGGUGGUCGACUGCCAUACGCCACAACCUGUUCCAAUUCUAUCAUGACUACUGGCAUAUGCCAGUGACGAUGGCUCUAGGAUCUUUUGUCGGAGGAAUGACUUCAGAAGGAUCAGGGGCUGUCGCCUUCCCAGUCAUGACUCUCGCUUUGCACAUUAAGCCUGAAAUUGCGAGAGACUUUUCCCUUAUGAUUCAAUCUAUUGGAAUGACAUCCGCACUCGUCUGUGUUUUGUUCAUGAGAGUGAAAUUUGAGCACAGAGCAGUUAUCCUCGGAUGUCUCGGAGCAGUUCCCGGAUUCAUCAUCGGUGUUCACUGGAUCGAUCCGUUGUUCACAGGACCACAAAAGAAAAUGCUCUUCGUAUCCAUCUGGACUGCUUUCGCAUUUGCUCUCGGAAUUCUGAAUGCAUCCAAGAGAUCGACAUUCCGCGAGAUCCCAGAGUUCUGUGCCUGGAAGGGUUGGGCGCUCUUCUUUACCGGAAUCGUCGGAGGAAUAUUCGAUGCCUUCGCUGGAUCUGGAAUCGACAUUUGUAUUUUUUCGGUCAUCACUCUGUUGUUCCGUGUCACUGAAAAGACCGCCACUCCGACUACUGUCGUCCUCAAGGGAACCAUUGCCGUGUUUGGUUUCUACUAUCGUGCUGUUAUGAUGGGAGAUAUCGAUCAGAUGGCUUGGAGAUACUUCGCCGUGUCUGUGCCAGUUUCUGCUGCCACUGGACCAAUCGGAUCGUUCUUGGGAUCCCAUCUUCAUCGUCAAGUUGUUGCUGGAUUUGUCUAUGUUCUUGAAGCUAUUGCCCUUGUCGGAUUCCUGUGCACCAGACCAGCAUGGCAGUUGAUUGCCGUUGGAGGUGAGUGUUUCUAUAAAUGGUAUUAUUUUAUUUAAACUACUUUCAGGUUGCAUUAUUCUCGGAGGAUUCGUUUUCUUCUCUGCUCUCUCAAAGGCCGGAGCUAUUCUCAUGAACCGUAUCGAAGGCCGUCAAGCCAAGGAAGCUCAGAAGUCCGGUAUCACCUCUGGCUCUUUAUAAUUUGGAAUCUGAUAUAAUGCAUUUUUUACUAUGACACCACUCGGGUACUCUGAUGUAUUAACGUUACCUUAUUUGUUUUGUUUUUCUAUAUAGAUUUAGUUUUACACAAUUUUUUGUCUUUGUGAUCUCAAUGUCGACCUUCCCAAAUAAACAGUUUCAAAUCUCUUUUUUCUAUUUUAAUCGAGGCUAAACGAUUCGAUUCGUCGCACUGAAAUGUGAUCUUCACAUGUCCCAGUAAAAAAUUAACAUCAGAUUCCACUCUCACUGAUUUUCAAUUCCACCUCACCGAUUUUCAUAGAAUCAUUUGACGGUGGAACAUUCUCUAAUAUCCUCAAGGGUUCCAUAGUUGUGCCGAUUCACAAGAAAGGAUCCCUCACAUUUUGCAUUGACGAUGCAGAGUAUAGGUUGGAAGGGACAUCAAUGACGACAUUAAUUCAACUCUAUUUCUUCAGGCAUGACAUCCGCACCCGUUUGUGUUCUAUUCAUGAGAGUGAAAUUUGAACACAGAGCAGUUAUCGAUAUCGGAGGUCUCGGAGCAGUUCCCGGAAUCAUCAUCGGAGUUCCCUGGACCACAGAAGAAAAUUCUCUUCGUAUCCAUCUAGACUGCUUUCGCUUUCGCUCUCGGAAUUCUGAAUGCAUCCAAGAGAUCGACAUUCCGCGAGAUCCCAGAGUUCUGUGCCUGGAAGGGUUGGGCGCUCUUCUUUAUCGGAAUCGUCGGAGGAAUAUUCGAUGACUUUGCUGGAUCUGGAAUCGACAUUUGUAUUUUUUCGGUCAUCACUCUUUCGUUCCGUGUCACUGAAAAGACCGCCACUCCGACGACUGUCGUCCUCAAGGGAACCAUUGCCGUUUUUGAUUUGUACUAUGUGCUGCUAUGA